AUAUUUUGAAUAGAUUCAGAGCUGAUUUACGCAUGUCUAGUGUCAAUUGACUGUAAUUGUGUCAACUUCAAAUUCAUAACAUGUAAACGAUAUCGAUUUGAAAAUUGGCGUUUUACUAUGUUUUAAUACGACGCUUACCGUUUACGUGCCGUAAACAUGGGUAUUUUCACGAAACUUCUUAUAUUUGGAUUAAUCACUGUGAAACUCUCUCCGUAUUUCUGUGAAUAUUUAGGAAAUAGUUCGUAUAAAUGGCCAACAGUAGCUAUUUCCGUUCUGGUUAGAAAUAAAGCUCACACCUUACCUUAUUUCUUUUCGUGCUUGAUGAAUCAGGACUAUCCCAAAGACAGAAUCUUCAUUUGGAUUUAUAGCGACUUCAAUGAAGAUAAUAGUAUUGAGAUAAUAGAGGAUUGGGUAAAAAAGUUUGGUUCCUUAUACAAUGCAGUAUAUGUCACCACAAAUGCGACGAAUGGUCCAUUGCACCCAGACGAGGAAGUAUCUUCAAACUGGACUCCAAAACACUUUGAGCAUGUAAUUCAGCUGAGGGAGAGUGCUCUUAGAUUUGCUAGGAGAAUGUGGGCUGACUUUAUAUUUAUGUUAGACGCUGAUGCUUUUCUGACUGAUACCACAACAUUAAAAUAUUUAGUUAAUAAGGACAUGUUAGUUGUUGCCCCUAUGCUUGUCUCGGAUGGACUUUACUCAAACUUUUGGGGAGGGAUGACGGAAUAUUAUUAUUACAAAAGAACGGAUGAUUACACGCCUAUUUAUCAACGUGAAAGAGUUGGAUGUUUCGAUGUUCCUAUGGUGCAUUCUGCAGUACUCAUAUCUCUAAGACAUCGUAGAUCAGAUGUACUAACAUAUAAUCCGGAUAACAUCAGAGAUUAUGAAGGGCCCUAUGAUGAUAUCAUAGUUUUUGCUUUAAAUGCAAAUCGAAAUGGUAUUCCACUUAAAGUAUGCAAUGAUCAUCACUAUGGAUUUAUACCCAUACCAUUAGAGGAUGGCCAAGCACUUCAACAUGACCAUGAAUUAUUGUUGAAUGUAAAAAUGGAAGCUAUAAGUCGGGGCACCCCUUUGGCACUCAACAAACAUUUUGAGCGCUAUGUGACUUAUCCGCAAACAUCUAAACUGGGAUGCAGUGAAGUAUUCUUGAUUAAUCUCGAAAGAAGACCACAGAGACUGAAACUAAUGGCAUUAAGCUUUAAGGAACUCGGCAUAGAAGCUAAACUGUUCAAUGCAAUUGACGGAAAACAGUUGGAUGUAUGUAAUUUGAAGGAGAAUUUCAUCACUUUAAUGCCAGACUAUGAAGAUCCUUAUCAUAAAAGACCGAUGAAAGCUGGGGAAGUGGGUUGCUUCUUAAGUCAUUAUUACAUAUGGGAGCAGAUAGUGGAGGAAAAUCUUGAUAUCUCAUUAAUCCUAGAAGAUGAUAUACAUUUUGUGCCAUAUUUCAAUCACCGUUUUGCUGAGAUUAUGGACGAAAUAAAAAACCUUGAUUGGGAUUUAGUUUACAUCGGCAGGAAGAUAUUGAUGGAUGGGAAAGAGGAAUUUGCAGCACCACAUGUGACGAAGCCGCGUUAUUCUUAUUGGACACUAGCUUACUUGUUAACUAAACGUGGUGCACAGAAGUUAUUAGAUGCGAAUCCAUUGGACAAAUUGCUUCCAGUUGAUGAAUUCUUACCAAUCAUGUUCGAUCAGCAUACCAAUACAACAUGGAAAUCAUAUUUUCCACAUCGGAAUCUGAAAGCAUUUUCUGCAUCGCCUCUCUUAGUUCACCCGACACAUUAUACUGGUCAGGAGGGAUACAUCAGUGAUACAGAAGAUUCCACUGUAGUCAAAGUUAUCGAACCAGGUCGUAUAAGGAACGAACUUUAAGACAAACUGACAUUCCAAACUAAUAACAUUUACACUUGUUUAACACGUUCAAUGCUACUCACCAGGCGAGUUUACUACGACGUGUUACAAAUGUUGCAUUAAAAUGGAUAUUGAUUUAAUUUUAGAUGUAAGACAAUGCCAAAUGUUGCCAUGUUUCCUCUAGAGUUAAAUAUAUAAAAAAAAUCCUUAAAAAUUAUGCUGUCAUAUAAUUUUUACUUUUGAAAUC